CCCAGGAUUUUUACUUCCUUUUUUUUUUUUUUCCUUUUUUUUUUUUUCUUUCUUUUUUAAGCGCGAGAGAGCGCGGGCAGAGCCUCGCGUCUCCCCCCUUCUUUCACUCUCUCGAUCUUUAUAUUUUUAUUUUUGCUUCCCUUGGGGAUAGAGCGGCACACGAGGAGGAGAAAAAAAAAAAAAAAAGUAAAGGAAUAUGAUUGCUUCGUGGCUGACUUUCGCCUUGCUUUGUGGAACUUUCUGUGCAGGACCAGGCCAUGGGGAGGCUGAGACAAGGGAGUGCAUUUACUACAAUGCCAACUGGGAGUUGGAGAAGACCAACCAGAGUGGUGUGGAGCGCUGCGAGGGGGAGAAGGACAAGCGGCUCCACUGCUAUGCUUCUUGGAGAAACAACUCGGGCUCCAUCGAGCUGGUGAAGAAAGGCUGCUGGUUAGAUGACUUCAACUGUUAUGACAGGCAGGAGUGUGUAGCCACGGAAGAAAACCCUCAAGUGUUUUUCUGCUGCUGCGAGGGCAACUAUUGCAAUGAGAAAUUUACCCAUUUGCCUGAAGUCACUGGCCCAGAAGUCAUAUACGAGCCGCCGCCACCAACACCCUCCCUGCUCAACAUCCUGGUGUACUCACUGCUCCCCAUUGCUGUCCUCUCCAUGGCCAUCCUCUUGGCCUUCUGGAUGUAUCGUCACCGCAAGCCUCCCUACGGGCACGUCGACAUUAAUGAGUCCAGCUUCAGCUGGCGACAGUGCUCUUCUCUCGUGCAGGACCCUGGCCCUCCACCCCCUUCUCCCCUGGUCGGCUUAAAGCCUCUGCAGCUCUUGGAGAUCAAGGCAAGGGGACGCUUUGGCUGUGUGUGGAAGGCUCAGCUGAUGAAUGACUAUGUAGCAGUGAAAAUCUUCCCUAUUCAGGAUAAGCAAUCUUGGCAGAGUGAGAGGGAGAUUUUCAAUACUCCUGGCAUGAAGCAUGAAAACCUUUUGCAGUUUAUUGCAGCAGAGAAAAGAGGGACAAACCUAGAGACAGAGCUCUGGCUGAUCACAGCUUUCCAUGACAAGGGUUCUCUGACAGAUUACCUGAAGGGCAAUAUUAUCAGCUGGAAUGAGCUCUGCCAUGUUGCAGAAACAAUGGCCCGUGGCUUGUCCUAUCUUCAUGAAGACGUCCCUUGGUGCAAAGGUGAAGGACACAAACCUGCUAUUGCUCACAGGGACUUCAAGAGUAAAAAUGUCUUGCUGAAGAACGACUUGACGGCAGUGCUAGCCGAUUUUGGACUAGCUGUACGGUUUGAACCUGGAAAACCUCCAGGGGACACUCAUGGACAGGUAAUCGUUCUCUUUAACAAUCACAUUUUAAAAAGUUGGGCUUGCCAAAGCUCCUUGCAAGUGGGGGAAGUUUGUAUAGAUUUAGUUCUCUCUGAGAUAUGUAUUUUCCAUAAAAGCUUGUGCUCAGACAUAAAUUCCAGGAGCUGCUUUGAUCUGAGUGGGGAGAGUGCUCAAAUCCUCCUGACCGCUAUGCAGGUGGGAACUAGGAGGUAUAUGGCUCCUGAAGUGUUAGAGGGAGCAAUCAACUUCCAGCGAGACGCCUUCCUGAGAAUAGACAUGUAUGCAAUGGGACUGGUGUUGUGGGAGCUAGUCUCCAGAUGUAGAGCAGUUGAUGGUCCAGUGGAUGAAUACAUGCUGCCUUUUGAAGAAGAAAUAGGUCAGCACCCAUCCCUUGAGGACCUGCAAGAAGUGGUGGUUCACAAGAAGAUGCGCCCUGUGUUCAAGGAUCACUGGCUGAAACACCCCGGCUUGGCGCAGCUCUGUGUGACCAUUGAAGAGUGCUGGGACCACGAUGCGGAGGCUCGGCUCUCAGCGGGCUGUGUCGAGGAGCGCAUUGCGCAGAUCCGCAAAUCUGUAAAUGGCACUACCUCGGACUGCCUCGUCUCCAUCGUGACGUCCGUCACCAACGUGGACUUGCCGCCCAAAGAGUCUAGUAUCUAAGUCCUGGUUCACUUUUGUCUUUCCAGACUCAGUGGAUUAAAAAAAAGAAAAAAGUUUUAAGAAAAAACCCACACAAAAAAAAACAAACACAAAAAUCCAACAAACACAUGAAUGCAGCUGCUAUUUUAUCUUGACUUUUUAUUAUUAUUGUUAUUAUUAUUAUUAUUAUUUUUUUGGAUUGGAUCAAUUUUACCAGCACAUUGCUCUACUGUAUUAAAAAAAAAAGGACAUUUCAGCAAGCAUUCAGGUGCCGACUAAUGAAUGCAGAAAAGGUGCAGGUACCUCAGAACCUCAACAAACUCACUUCAGUUGUUUUUAUUUUAUUCAGUUUUCUGGGUUUCUCUUUAUCGGUCUGUCUUCUGAGCGGAGCAUCUGUGACAUAAAGGAAAACCACCUACCAUCUUAGAAAACGCAAUGCUGCAAACUGUGGAGGAAACUUAAGACUGUUAUAUAAAGAAUACACCUUCCUCAAAAGGAUUUUUUUCCCCAUUUUGUUUUGGUUUUGGGUUCAGUUCCUUUUGGUUCUUGGUUUUUUUUGGAAGUGAGCUUCAAAAAAAACAGCAGAUGUGUCUUUUACGGAUCUAACGGGUGUCAUUGUAACAUGGAAAAAAGUAACUGGGCAGAGAAUGUUAAUUCUUGAUGGUAGAAUUGAAGGGGGGAGCGUAGAAUAGGGGUGGGGAGAGUGACGUUGGAUUUGGCAGCAUUUGGGGAAACAUCAUUUGCUAUGGAGCUACUUCUCAGGUAACCAUUAGAGGAGAGGAAGGACAUUUCUGGGCAGAGUAUUAACGACUGCAGAGUGUGGAGAAAGCUGAGUUAAAGAGCCAGUGGUUGUAAGCAAGGCACUAGUUCUUUCUUCCUCCAGUAUCUCAGGCUUGGGUGGUAACAGAACAAAGCAGAACUAUAAUUAUUUUUUAUUUUUCAACUCCACGUAGGAAUGAGAAGGAUGCUUUUAAGCUGUGUAAUUGGAAGAGGUGGGAAAGUGUAUUUUCAGAAGCACUUUGGUAAAAGACUGGAAGAUGGGAAAAUUUUUGCAUCUUAAUUGUGAGUCAGUUCAGGAAAUUUGGCCUUGGGGUUGGUGAUCUGUCAGCCCAAGCUACCGGUGCAGAUGGUGGAAAGAGGAAAAGUGUAAAAACUGGCUCUAUAGUUGUUUUUUUUUUUCCUUAUUAA